CGUCGCGCGAUACGCGUCAUGCGCACAAUCCUCGCGCCAUGUUUUACGGCUCGAUGCCGCUAACAUAUACUUAAAUGUAGUUGCAUUUAGAAUUGGAUUAUAAUCUAUUGAAAACAUUUUACUUUAAGUAAGAAACUAGUUGUGUAAAAGGGGCGCCAGUUUGGGACAGUAUGUCAGCCGAAGAAGCAGAUAAAACGACUACGGACGCCAGCGCAGGAGACGAAGAGGAGGAAUGGCUCUAUGGAGACGAGAAUGAGAACAAGCAGGAGGGAGAAGAGUCAGAGUCCUCUGUCACUGUCAGUGCCUUGGCACCACCCCCAUCUGAAGAAGAGGCUGCUGGGAAUGGGGUGGCCAGUCAGCCUGCUGUGGAGGAAGAGGAGAGCGACAGUGACAGUGAUGAUGAUGACGAUGACGACGUUAGAGUGACCAUUGGCGAUAUAAAGACAGGGGCACCUCAGUAUGGGGCAUACGGCGCUACACCAGUGAACCUCAAUAUUAAGACGACUGGCCGGCCCUAUGUGCCAGCUGGCCCUAAGCCCAAAGGAGUUGAUUUGGAAGCACCUGGUAGCAUCAAUGGAAUCCCAGUGCUGGAGGUGGACAUGGAGUCCUUUGAGGAGAAACCUUGGAGAAAGCCAGGUGCCGACCUGUCAGAUUACUUCAAUUAUGGCUUCAAUGAGGAGACGUGGAAGGCUUACUGCGAGAAGCAGAAGCGGCUGCGCAUGGGUCUGGAGGUCAUGACCCUAGCAUCUACAACCAGCAAGAUCAUGGUACAGCAAGGACGGACAGGCAACAGCGAGAGGGACACAAGCAUGACCACGCCCAAGCCUGAUUUCACUUCCCCCAGCAACAUGUACAAGUCGGGCGUGCCCAGUGCUAGGAUGUCCCCUCCACAGUGGCCUGUGGGACCCGCACAGGACACCUCCUUUUAUGCGAAGAGCUCAGGCACUAUUGAUGUGAUAGGAGGGCAGACAGCCACCAUCAGUCGUGUUGAGGGGCGAAGACGACAUAAUGUGGACGGCAACAACAUCCAGGUGAUAUCAGAACACUCGUCGUCCGACGCUGACUCCACCCCUGCCAAGAUGCCGCCGUUCUUUCCUCCGGGACCACCACCCAACAUCCCCCCUCCCCCCUUCAUGCCACCACCACCUAAUGUUAGCACCGCCCCCCCACUAAUCCCCCCACCAAGAAUACCCAUCACUGUUCCACCUCCUGGCUUCCCUCCCCCUCCCGGCCCACCUCCUCCCUCUCUCAUCCCUACCCUGGACAGUGGGCAUUCUACUGGAUAUGACAACCGCCAAGUCCCGCCAUACCCCUUCUCCACAGGAGGCUUCCCCCCCAUGACCGGCACAGUGACAACCUGGCCCGGCCUGAUGGACAACUCUAAGCAAUGGGACUACUACCAGCGACGGGACAAGGAGAGGGAACGUGACAAAGAGCGGGAGAGGCAGCGGGAGAGGCCGCAUGAGCGUGAGCGUGAGCGCGAGCGUGAUAGGGACCGGGAACGGGACCGUGAAAGGGAGCAUAGCCCCUCCACGCCAGCCUACAAUAGUGACAGCACCCGUGUGCUUAGUGACGAGGAGCGCUACCGGUACCGGGAAUAUGGAGAGCGCGGGUACGACCGGCAUCGCGACCGGGCCAGCCGGGAGAAGGAGGAGAGGCACCGGGAGAGACGGCACCGGGACAAGGAGGAAGGCCGCCACAAGUCUUCACGCAGCAGCAGCAGCAGGAGGCGACACGACAGCGAAGAGGGAGACGCACAUCGACGGCACAAACAUAAGAAGUCCAAGAGGAGCAAGGAGGGAAAAGAAGCCAGUGAGGAUCACACAGCUGAGCAGGAGAACCAGGAGGGUGGGGCCAUGGAGUGAGCAGGGCUCCACCCCCCUUUAUCUGGUGCCUCCCCUCACACCCAGUACUACUGCUGUGAGUUGUGGCUGAAGCUGCACGAGUGAUUAUAUUUGGUCAGAGGCCUCCGCUGGGCCCAGAUUCCCAAACUGUAAGAAAAUAUUCUUUUGUUUGUUGUGAUUGACGAAUCCUCUGAAAGGACUUUGUAUGUUUGUUUUGUUGAAUAAAAAAUAUCUUUUGAUAAA